GGUGGUGGUGCUGGUGGUGCCAGUGAGCGGCGCGCCUUGGUAACGAGAACACCCGUCGCGAGAGUGCGUUGUGUUGUAUCGAUCGCUGGACAUGGCGGGCUCUAUCUAACAUAUGGUAGCUCAAUCCUCUUCUACCGUGGCCAGGAGCGGCGUGAGCAUGGUGUCGUGGGCGGUGUGGGUGCUCCUCGUCUUCUUUGGCCUUUCUCACGCCCACGCUAACUCCGACAGCAAAUAUGGAGACGUGAGUGGAGAGGAGGUAGUGAUCGACCAGCUUGAGGAUUACCUACGAGGACACCACAACCAGAGGGGCCAAGACCACGCCCCUCACUCUUACCGGCCAACACAGGCUGUGAAUGAGAAAAUCCACUUCGCCGUGACCCCAAAAGACCCACGCUACUAUUUUCCCAUCUCACGACCUCACGCUGAAGGCCCCUCUGAGGAGGACUUCCUGCGCCUACUGUCCCCAGACCUCAACCUUCAGAACCAGCAGGGGUUUCCUGGAGAGCUUCAAUACCAGGAUGAGGACGCUCAAUACCAAGCCGAGUAUCCACACCAAUACCAGCCAAGAUUCCCCGAGGCGGUCCGCUACCCAGCCCAGUUCCUCUCUCUUCCCAAUAUCAAAUAUCCUGGGAGGGAUCUCUUCUCUGGGCGGCAGGUGGGCGGCCCGCAGGAUCCCAGCCUUGCUGAAGCCACCGCACUAGACGGAGGCACAGACGAACUGACGGAUAAUGAGCGGGAGGAAAGUAAACGAAUGAUGAUGGAGGAGAUAGAAAAUAAUGCUGAAAAGCAGAGUUUGAAGAACUUCGUCGAAGAAAAUGUCAAGGCUCAGAAAAAGGAAUUCACUAUGGCAGCUACGAAGGGAACUCAGGAAGAAGCCUAUGAUUACGUCAUUUUUGGUUUUGGUAUCGUGGUUGCAACUACUGAUGUGGUACUUUCAUCCACAGUUGCGACGUCGCAGCCCGAGGCCGUGAACUACAUGCACCUGCAUCGCACUCCCUCUGAAGCCAGGGAGGCCGGUUACGCUCUCCACGCAGAGCACAAGCCUCGCCUCAGCGACAUCUACUUCACAGCUCUGGUGGCUGGGUGCACGGCCGUGGCUGUGUGCGGCAUCGUUGGUGCUGGCAUCUGUUGGUACAGGUGAGUAACAUUCUCCCUCUUUUGAAAGCGAGGAA